UAAAUGGUCGAUUUUCCUGUUUGCUGUUCUCCAUUCGUCGCGAGUGUGUUAAUUUUGUUAAAACUUGCGCUCUGUUCCAAUCUUUAUUAUUUAUAAUAUUAGUUAAUAUUAUUUUUAUUUAAGUCCUUGAAGUUUUGUCGCAUUUGUUAUUAUUUUAUAAUUAUUGUAUAAAACGACAUAAGUGGUACUUUUGCGUUUAGACGGGAGCCAUCUUGCAAUCUCUAAUCAAAGGUCCUUGGCUCACAGUUUCGUUGUCUAGUUAAAAGUCGGAUUAAUUCAAUAUAAAGUAAUCAAAUGGCGUUAAAACGAAUUAAUAGGGAAUUACAAGACCUGGGUAGGGACCCUCCAGCACAAUGUUCGGCAGGACCACACGGAGAAGAUCUAUUUCACUGGCAGGCCACAAUUAUGGGUCCAGUAGACAGUCCCUAUCAAGGUGGAGUGUUUUUCUUGACCAUACACUUUCCAACAGACUACCCCUUCAAACCACCAAAAGUUGCAUUCACAACACGUAUCUACCAUCCUAAUAUAAACAGUAAUGGUUCUAUCUGCCUUGACAUUCUGCGCUCACAAUGGUCGCCAGCGCUCACCAUAUCUAAAGUGCUGCUGUCAAUCUGCUCACUGCUAUGCGAUCCAAACCCCGAUGAUCCCUUGGUACCAGAAAUUGCUAGGAUCUACAAAACUGACAGAGAAAAGUACAAUGAAUUAGCCCGAGAGUGGACUAGGAAGUAUGCCAUGUGAUGAGUUAAUUGUGACAUCAGCAAAACAUACAAACACAUCGCCACAGCCCUUGGCUCCACCCCUCCCCUUCAUAUGAAACCCUUUCCCCUCUAUCCGUUUGACUAUACCCUUAUCUAAAUUACUGGAUUUUUUAAAUCACAUAUUUAUGUCACAUAGUAUCAGCAUUAUUUUGAUGGUCUUCGAUAAUAAUCAUAUUGAGAUUGCAUCUAAGUAAAUAUGAUAAACACAUUUUAAUAGUUUCUGUUCAUGUAAUUGUAAGUAACAUUUUCUAUAAGAGAAAAAUAAAAUUGAUUUUUUCUGGUUUACAUUGAUGUGUCGGUAGAUGUUUUACACUCAUUUAGUUGAAGUUAACUUAGUUAAAUUUUGCAUUAAUUGAAUACAUGUAUUUCCUAAAGAAUUUGUACUUUAACUAGAUCUAAAUUGCAUUGUGAACUGUACAAUAGCCAUAUGUUUAGGAUAUGGAGCGUUGUUGCUUUACAAGUCCUGUUCACUUGAGAUUUUGUCAAUGAAUUUGUAAGUGAGCUCAUUGUUGUUACGGACAUUCUGGUUAAUGUAAGUUAAUGAUAUAACAGAAUGAGCUUGUUGACGGAGUCAAGAGAGUUAAUUUUUUUUAUUAUGACUUUUUUAAGUUAGUAAAUGUAGCGUGCUGCAGAACAGACUGAUGUUAAUGGAAGUGAUAACUUUUCUUUCAUCCACAAUAUUUGAUGUGGUAGUUGACGCUCCAAUAGUUUAAACAUUACAGUAUAAAUUACAGUGUAUCUCAUAAGAUGAUAAGUUAUGAUUAAUCUAGUUUUUUUUUCAAUACGGCGAUCUUUAUAUUAUAAUUUUAUCUAAUAUAUAUUGUGGUUGUAAGGACAUCUGCGUUGUGAUUUCCAAGUCAUCCUUUCCAUGAAGACCAUCCUCACUCCCCUUGAUCUGAUCUUUUGGCAAUCUGGCUCUACUGAAUGGCAUUUGUGGCAUUAUGGUGUGUUACUUUACAGCUGCAAGAGAAAGCUUUUGUUCACUUGGUUAACACAGGGAGAGAGAGAAACUUUAAGCUUUUCAAACUGUAAUCCAAUCGACAAGACGUAUUUUAGCUUCACUAAAUUGUAAGAAACAAUAAAUUAUUGUGUAUGUAAAUAA